ACAAAAACCAGUUGCCUGCGCGGCGCGCGCUAGCGAAGAUUAUGGCGAGGAGGAACGCCGCCACCAGGCUGCUCGCCUCCUCUCCACCCCCCUUCCAUUCCAGCCACCACCAACACCACCACCGGCGGCGACUUCCUCUCCAUCUCCCCGCGUCCCGCUCAAAGACCUCCUCCUCCAAGCCUCCUCGCCCGUCUCCUCGCACAGACUCCGCCGGUGCCGCCUGCAAUCCCGCUGCACUCGCAGGGCCCCGCCCCUCUCUCUUCCAGGAAAUCUCCGGUCUCGUCGCCUCUGCCGCCGGCACGGGCAAUGACCCCCCAUUUCAGCCUCGAGUGAAUGAGCAGGUGUGGAGUGGCGACGAGGCACUCCUACAGCGCACGGAAGGUGCUUGUCGAAAAGCCCCAAAGGACGCGGCAGCGACUUCUGCCUCUUUCACUGGCAGAAUUCCGGACCAAGGUGUUCCCGAUGGCCAUUCUGAUAAUCGGGGCGCACCUUGUGCUUAUGCAAAAGGUGCUGCGCCGAGCUGGGGAUCAUCUUGCCAGCUGGUUGGAGAUGGAAACGCCCAAGAUUCUGAUAUUGACAAUAUCAGCGCCGACGUACAGAGGGUCACGGAAGUUUUACGGUCAGAGGUGCCUGGAUCGCCUGUCGAGCAGAGGUUGGGGAACCUGGGAGUUACAUAUACGCCGAGGCUUGUCAACAUGGUGCUCAAUAGGUGUUUCAAGAAGAGGCACCUGGGGUGCAGGUUCUUCUACUGGGUUAAGCAACUUCCAGGGUUCCGCCACACCACGGAAACAUACAACACGAUGAUGUACAUUGCAGGUGAGGAGAGGAGUUUUGGGUUAAUGGUGGAGCUGAUGGACGAGAUGGAUCAGGAGAUGUGCCCGAAGGACGUCAAGACAUGGACAAUUAUCAUAGCCAGUUAUGGAAAGGCGAGGAAGACUAGCAACAUGCUGUCUACAUUUCAUGCUAUGAAGAAAUCCGGUUCCGUGACCGUAGACACUCAUGUCUACAGGAGGAUUCUUCGUGCUUUGUGCAAUGAUGCACGGCAUGAGCUUGCUCUUGAGUUCUACAAGGAUAUGCCCAAGAACAUGGAUGUCGGAUCUGACAUUUUGCGACUUCUGUUGUGUUUGCUUGCAGGAGCAAAUAAUGCUGAAGCUGUCUUUCUUAUCAGAGAUGAUAUGGUUAAGAGCACAAGGUAUCCAGAGGAGUAUUGCUAUUUGGAAGUUCUGCGGAGUUUCUGCGUCUCAGGAAAAAUAGUAGAGGCCCAGAAAGUCUUUCAGCAGAUGACUAAUAAGUCCAUGGAUAGUUCAUCUGCUUUUGAAACCCUCUUGAGGGGUUUGUGUAAAAGCGGAAGGAUGGAUGAAGCUCUGCAGGUUAUGGAGCAUAUGAAGAAUAGAUCAUGUAUUAGCAGCACUGCAUUUGGUUUUCUCAUUGAUGGUUACCUGAGGAAAGGAGAACGUAUGAAGGCACUUGAGUUGCUGCGGGGAAUGAGAGAGUAUGGCUGUGUUCCACUUGCCUCAUCUUAUACUCAACUCAUGCAGCACCUCUUUACAUUUGAUCAAUAUGAAGCAGCAUGUGAACUGUACGAGGAAAUGCAGAAAAAUGGUGUUCCACCAGAUAUUGUAACAAUCACAGCAUUGAUAGCUGGGCAUAUUAGCAAUGGACAUAUUUCUAAAGCAUGGGAUGUGCUCAGAAGAAUCAAGGAGAACGGUCAGAGACCCACGAUGAAAGCUUAUACAGUGUUCAUCCAAGAGCUCUGUAAGGCCUCCAGGCCCCUUGAGUCGUUAGAACUUCUGAAAGAAAUGCUGGAAUCUGAUUUCAGGCCUUCUGAAGAAAUUUUCUACCGGGUUGUUUGUGCUUUGCGUGACAAUAACUAUCUGGAGGAAGCUAGCAACGUUGAGAAGAUCCACGCGUCUUUUGAUCUUAGAAGGCCUAAAGAAGAGAUUGGAUGCAGACCAUUGGAGAAAAUUGACAAAAUUGAUGAGUUUCAGAAAUUCUGUAAGUCUGAUCCAGAAAGGAAGAAAAUGAUGUCCCAGUCCAUUGGUCAUCCUUCAGAUAAAGACUCAGAGGUCUCAAGGUGCUCAGUUUAUGUUGAGGCACAUCACACAGAACAAACAAAAGGCUACUGCGAUGAAGAUGUCGAAGAAAUGUGUCAGGUUCUGUCAUCUUCUGACAACUGGAGCUUGAUGCAACAGGCUCUAGAGAUGAAACCACUGCAGUUUACUCCAAACCUUGUUAAUGCCGUCAUGAAGCGCUGCAAGAGAAAAGGUCAUGCUGCUUUGAAGUUUUUCUCUUGGGUCAGCAGACUAACCUACUACAUGCACACAACAGAAACAUACAACACAGCUAUGAAACUCGCAGGUUCUGCAAAAGAUUUCAAGCACAUGAGGCACCUUUACAGAGAAAUGGCAGGGGCACAAUGUUCCCCAACAGUGGAUACAUGGAAUGUCAUGAUUUGCCAGUACGGUAAUGCAGGUCUUAGUGAAAUGGCUCUGGAUACAUUCUAUCAGAUGAAGCAACAAGGCUUUCAGCCCGACAAAACUACUUACAAUCACCUGAUAAUGUAUCUCAGUCGCAGAAAAGGCCGAAAAGUAGGCGCUGCUGUCAAGAUACUUAAGGAAAUGAUUCAUGCAGGUUAUUUACUUGAUAAUGAGGUGCUUUGCACGCAUCUUUCGGCGCUAUGCGAGUGCGGGAUGUUGGUUGAGGCAAGAAGCUCACUGGUAUCCCUAUGUAAACAAGGAUUUGCUAUACAGGCUGGCUACUCCAUACUCCUUAGAUCAUUGUGCAGGUCUGAUAGAAAAGAGGAAGCUGUUAGUUUGUUUGAUGAUGUUGAGAAAUAUGGCUGCUCCAGAAAUGACUACAUGUAUGGAAGCCUCAUUCACGCGUUACUGAGAUGGGAUUGCUUUGAAGAUGCUGUAGCCAAGUUUGCAGAAAUGAAGAAUGCAGGCAUACGUCAAAGCACCCAUAUGUACACCUCAUUCAUUAUCUACUUCUUUCGGAAAAGAGAUGUUGCCAAGGCAGUGGAUAUGUUCAAGGAGAUGGCAGAGAACGGAUGUGAGCCUACUGUCAUCACUUACUCUGCAUUGAUACGCGGUUACAUGGGAAUGGGUAUGGUUUCAGAGGCCUGGGAUGUCUUUGAACGCAUGAAGCUGAAAGGACCAUCACCAGACUUUGAGACCUACUCGAUGUUCAUGACGUUCCUCUGCAAAGCUGGUAGAUCAGAGGAUGGGUUGCAGCUGAUUCAUGACAUGCUGGAUGGUGGCAUCAUCCCCAGCGCGGUAAACUUCAGGACUGUUGUCCAUGGUCUGAAUGUGGAGGGCAAGCACAACCUAGCUAACUCUGUUCUCCAGUCAAAGUGGCAUCUACAGAGGGAUAGGAAGUUCUCAAAUUCUUCAUUUGUUUAAUCUUGUAGAUGUGCUCACAUACUUAAUACUUUGUUGACUCAUCACAGCGGUACUCCAUGUUCAAAUUUUUUCCUUUGGAAAAGUGCAUAUGGUAGGAGACUAGAAGCAUCUGGUAAGGAUGAAUUAAACCUUUUUAUUACAACUAGCAAGGCCCACACGACGGCGCGCCUGAGUGGGUCUCCGUGCACACUUUUAUUAAGAUGCCUUCAAUUGUUGGAUCCAUCUGGUAACAAAACAGAUUUUCGAAUUCAAAUUCACUAUUUGAACAUGGUCUAUGUGGUUGUCCCUAGUAUGACCUUCUUACUAGUUGGUGGCAAAAGUGGAAAUGAUAAUUGAGAAAAUUGACAUGAUACCAAUAUUCUAACAUUGUCAAGUGCUAAGCAUAUGAGAAUAAGCUGGACAGCUAGACCAUAUCUGGCUGCGAUUCACAUCAGGUUAUGUAGAUGGAAGCUGAGGUUGCAAUAUGAACGUAACUUAAAAGCAGUGAUCUGGAAAAAAUUGUCAUGAAGAGAAGGACAGAAUUUGAAGAUAUAUGCAAGAAUGCACUUAUAGAACCUGAUCUCAGCACAACAGCCUGGUGCAAACUAAUAUUCCGAUUGAUUUUUGCAAUAAUCUAUUCACCUUUUUUUUUGACAGCCAAUAAUCUAUCCUCCUUGACCAAGUACUAUCUUCUUAUGUUGUUGUGACUUUCUUUCUCCUGUUCCAUUUAGGCAGUAAUGGCCCUCUGAGCUCUUGGCAUAACUAUCAAGUCACAGGUAUUUAAAACAAAAGAGGACUCUUUAAGUCGAAAACAUAUUGCAGAAAGGAUAAAUAAAUGGACUCCUUCUUGUGAUGAGUCCUGACUUGAAGAAUACAACCAGGUUUUUCAAACAUAUCUCCUUUGGGAUUACAAGGCUUCAAAUACUUAGCAUACGUAUGUGCAAUUGCACGAAUUGUAUGAUUCAGUAAAACCGAAAGCACCACAGUAUGUGUAAUGUGUCUGCAUGCAUGCAUUUUUUUCCAGAUAAUCCUGAAGUUAUUUAAAUCAUGAAGAAAUAACAGCAAAGCUCAUUUGCAGGAAUUAAAGAGGAACAAUGCUGAAAGGGUUCCUCAAAUAAACCUUAGAAGCACGGAAAAAGGCAAGGAUUUUGGUCACUAAAAUUGCAGUUAGAUUUUAAUCCCACUUUUGGAGAGUUAUUCAUAGAUUUAAGAUAAUUCAUUGGAUGGCUGAUAUCUACCAGGUUUUGCCUACUCUUAAACUCAAAAAAGGAACCAGUGCAUUUCUUUGAACUGCAAUACUUGAAUUGGUGCUAAAAAGGAGGACAUCAUUAAACGAAGUCAGUACCAGUAGCAGUGCAUGAGAAACAUAAAUAAUCUAAAAAGCCUAUAAUCAAUCUAUGCUGGCCAUAGCAUAUCAAAAUUGUCAAAACCUGAACCAACUAAGGACUCAUAAAGAUCACGAUUCUAGUAACUAUAUAUAGAUGCAAUAUCUCAUUCCCCAAAAAUCAACCCUGAUGAGAUAAAAAUGAUUAAUAACAGUUUCAGACUUUCAAUGAAAUUAAAGAUGUUUUUAGAUUUCUAAUCAUCUUUCCCAUCGGUCAUUAUGUAUUGAGAUAUGGUAAAAGCUUCAAAACUAUCAAGGGCAAAGAGCAAAUGCUAUGCACAUCUAUUGUUUGGUUGUAGGGACUAAAACUGUAUCUCUGCUGACCCAUUUUAUCUUUGUUAUGUUAUAGAGCCUUGUAAUCCUGCCGUGGGUGGGCCUGCAAAGUCUCAGCUUGUUCAUGGGUUAGAUGAUGCCCUUGGUGGCGACUUUGGAAAAAGUGCAUGUACAUAGGAUUUUCCAUAUGCUGAACUGUUACUACUUAUAGAGAUAAAAUCUCUCAUGUCAUUCUCAUUCUUGUGGCUGGGCCGCUGGACUGAGAGAAACUUGCAGUGCUAUCAAAUGAACAAAGAUCUUUUUGUAUCCUCACUGCCUCUUCUUCUGUUGGGUGCUAUUCUCAUUACCUCUUAGACUGAUAAGAGGGCCUAUGCAUAUUGAUGAAGAAUGUUGUAGGAACAAAAAGGUUUGUGAUGAUCCAGAUUAAUAUUCAUUUUGGUGGCCUCUCAUCUAAAUCAUGCAUCUCUUCUUUGCAGGCGGAUAUUCCUAGGGUCUGGUGAUGCCUUCUGUGAGAAUCACGACAGGUAUCGUGUUCAAGAACAAAGUGUGCAGAAACAAUCAUUCAGAUCUUGAGUUCUUCCAUUCUCUGUACCACCUGAGGGUUGUGUUGUUUCAGAUCGUAGUGCAUCUUUCUUCCUGCGAACCAUGUUGGAUGACCACUAGCGCCAUUCUUCUUCCUACAACUACUACACACGAAGAUGCUAUUCAAUUGAUUCUAGACUAAGCAUAUUCAGCGGAGUAAUUUUAGUUGAUUUGUGUAGAACUGUCUUGUAGUCAACUUUGUGACAUAUAAAUCUUUGUUCAUUAUAUGUAGUGUAUUAUCAGCGAGUUCACUUCACAGAA